AUGACGAGCAAUGAAGCUGCAAUUGAUGAGCAGUUGUCGAUGUUUUUGGACGACAAGUUCGAGCCCUCCAACUUUGUUGAUAAACUAGUCUUUAAUGUAACUCACGACCGGGCAGGAGUUUCGCCCUAUUCCAAGAACAAGCUAUCGUCUCUCACACAUACCAUUAACCAGAUGAUCACACAGCUAGACUAUAGUGUCCACGACAUCACCAACAACGAGCUCAAGGAGAACCUCGCCAUGCUAGAGAACUCAAACUCGGCCGUGGGUUUCCUUUACGGAGAAGAAGACCACCAGCAGGACGAAGUUCAGCAAGACUCCACGCGGUUGCAAUACUACCUAAACAUUUUGAACAACUCAAUUCACACCUUGAGCUCCGAGAUUGGUGAGGUGAACAAGCAGCUAAAUUCAGCGGAGGAGAAAACCGCUUUAAACGACGGGGCCAUUGACACGUUGAUACAACUCAAAAAGAUCAAAACGCACCUACUUGAGGUGAUUCAAGUGUUCGAGCACUUGACCAACUCCUUGUCUCCAAAACAAACAGAAAAAACAAACUUUACCUACUCCGUCGACGAGUUCCAGCUUGUGUUGGACAACCACGUCGAAACCGUGAGGUCGCAGUUGGCAAUUUCGUCUGGAUCCAAGGACUAUAUUCUACAGCACAUACACACCUUGAUGGAAAUGCAAGGGGUAUUUACAAACAUGGUCCAUUUCAAUCCCAUAUUUAAAAAGUUCAUCUCAAGGUUGAGCGACGAGAAGGAACUGUACUUGGCAAGAACGCGUACAUAG